GCGGCGGCCGCGGAGGCUGGGCCCGAAGGGUGCUGAAGCGCACGUUGGAGCCACCCCCGGCGGCGAUGGCGCACGAGGGCUCGAGGCAGGAGAGGCAGGCCCGAGAUCGCGGGGUGACCCGGUCCAAGGCAGAAAAGGCACGCCCGCCCACAGUCCCAGUGCCACAGGUGGACAUCGUGCCUGGGCGCCUCAAUGAGGCCGAGUGGAUCGCUCUCACUGCUGUCGAGGAGGGUGAGGAUGUGGUGGGGGACAUCCUGGCCGAUCUGCUGGCUCGAGUCAUGGACUCUGCCUUCAAAGUCUACCUGACCCAGCAGUGCGUUCCAUUUACCAUCAGCCAGGCCCGGGAGGCCAUGCUGCAGAUCGCCGAGUGGCGCUUCCUGGCCCGGGACGAGGGAGAGUCUGCCGUGGCCGAGGAUCCCACAUGGGGCGAGGACGAGGAGCCCUUGCCCUGCACGACAGAUGCCUGGGCUCAGGGCUCAGUGCCUGUGCUGCACGGGCGGCUCUCCGAGGGCCAGGAGGAGACCUUCCAGAGCGAAGACGCUGGGAGCCAGGACCAGAUCCCGUUGGGAAGAUUGUGGCUGGAUAGACGCUCCCAGGGGCAGACCGGAUCUUGGGAGCCCUCUCCAGAGCUUAGAGCCACCUCGGGCCGCCCGCUGACCCCAGAGCCAGAGGCAGGGCCCGGAGAUGUUUUGGAAGAAGCAGACAGCCAUCAUUCCUCCGCUGAGUCCUUGCACAGCUUCCAACUGCCGUGGGUGGAGGUGGGGCCUAGGGAAGGUCCCCACCUUUCUCUGGAGCUGUCCCAGGUAGCCAGCCCCCAGGCUCCGGCCCUGAGGCCACAGCCUGGCUCUCUCCUGUCGCUGGAGGAUCUCUACUACUGCAUGCCCGCACCGGACAAGGACGCAGCUGGGGACCGAAUGGAGCUCAAGAGGGAGGAACUGCCCCCCAUCGCCUCGGUCGCCGCCCUGUCAGUGGGCUCUGAGGACCGCCCCACCCAGCUCGGUCCCUCGGUGCCCUUUCGGUGGCAGCAGCCGGGGCGCUGGCAUGCGCGGCUGAAUCCGCCUCACUCCAGGAUGGACCGCAGAGCCACCAGAAGGCGCCUGGACUCCGCCAGGUUCCCACGCCACUGGGUGCAGCCCCUGGCCACGGUCCUGAUCCCAGGCUCAGAGAGGUACUCUAUGGAAGCCUACUGUGGGCACCAGCAGAGCAAGAAGACCAAAGCCCAGGCUGUACCCCAAUUCCCUGGCCCUGGCGACUGCACCUCCCCAGCAAUGUUCUUCUCCCUCUACCCUGGCACUCCUUUCCGUCCCUUGGGCCGGGGCCGCCGACUCAAAUUCCCCACUUCAAACUUAGGCCCACUGCAGUCAUCCUCUGGGUCAAAGAUGCCAUUCUUCAGCCCCAGGCUCCACUUCCUUGCACCACAACCGAGGCUGCCUGAAGAGGCCAGAAGCCUCGGCCCCAAGCCACGGCCCAGUGCCAAGUGGCCCAGUGGUUGGGAAUGGGAGGCAGAGCUGCUGGAUGAGCUAUGGACAGGCCAAACCCGUGCACCUUCACGGGGCCUGGGGACUAUAGACAAAGAGGGCCGAGACCAUGACAGAUGGCCUCAGCCUGCCCAGGUUCUCGAGGCCACAACCCAGGUGCUGUGGAAGCCCUUGCUGCAGCCAGAAGCUGUGAAGCUGGCUCCUGGGGUGACCCUGUGGGAACCUGGCACCAAGGUGCUGCUCAGCUCUGCUGUAUCCCAGGAGGAAAUCCAAGAAGACAGCACCUCUCCUCCCACUGAGCUGCAGCACCCUAUCCAGAUGGGUGCCCCGAAGCCCCACGUGAUGCCAGCUCAGCUAAUUAAGAACUCCACCCCCAAAGUAUGGCAGGUGCCCUCCAAGCCCCCACCCCCUGCUGAGCCCUGA